AUGGGGUGGGCAAAAGCGAACUGUGAUGCGGCUAUUACAAGACAGCACGAGCGUAUGGGGCUCGGGGUGGUUGUAAGGGAUUCUUGGGGGAAUAUAUUGGCAGCAAAAUGUGUGACCCAAGCUGGAUGCUUGGCUCCGGCAGCAGCGAAAGCGAUGGCGUUUCUUUUGGCUAUACGUUUAUGUCAUGAAUUAUGUCUCCCUCAAGUGCAUUUUGAAGGGGACGCAAAAGCCGUGAUUGAUGCUGUAAACUCGAAGGAGAAGGAUAGCUGCUGGAUGGGGCACAUCAUAGAGGACAUAAAAUUGGAACUCCAGGUGUUUCAAAGGUGGCAGCUCACUUUUAUUAGGAGGGAAGGUAAUAAUGUGGCUCACUUAUUAGCAAAAUAUGCUAUGGAACAUACCCAUGGAUUUUGUUGGAAAGAUAUACCCCCUGAUUGUAUACGUGAGGCUGUGCUAUCAGAGCAAGUUACUCUAGAUGCCUGA